CUCGACCAAGUGUGAAUGGGGGAAAUACUACGGCAGCCGCGUUUGUUUUGGUCGGUGCAGCUCGCUCUCCAGUCAGUUUGGGUCGUGAACGCCGCGGUGAUCACCUGUGCCCUCGCGGCCCUCUCACUCCAAGGUUCUCCGACGGGACUGCCGCCGUUCUCAGUCAAAGUGCACUCCAUCAAGAGGGUCAUCAUGCGGCGGAACGUCAAGUUGCUGCUCAUGUUCUCCGUGACAUGGAUGUUUGCCAUCGUUUAUUACCUGCAGGUCACCAAGGAUUCGAAGUCUCCAGAGGAAAAUCGAGCGCUGCGAUUGAAGGAACCAUCGGCGAUCGCUGCCGAGGAGACGAACCUGGUCGCCGUGGGCAGCGAGUCCCUGGGGCGCGCCCUGCCCGCCGUGUCCCCCGGGGUGGCCCACUCGACGGCUGUGUCGCCUCCAACCGAUCAUCGGCUGACUUGGAAGUACUUUGACGAGCGCGGAUACGUGGAACGGGGCCGCCUUCACGUAGGCGAGGACCCUUACCACCGAAACAAGUUCAACCAGGCUGAGAGUGACCGUCUGCCGAGCAACCGGGACAUUCCUGACACCAGGCACCACACAUGCCGCAGGAAAAUGUGGAGGACGGACCUACCGCCCACCAGCGUCAUUAUCACCUUCCACAACGAGGCACGUUCGACCCUACUCAGAACUGUCGUCAGUGUCUUAAAUCGCAGUCCACUACACUUAAUCCACGAGAUCAUCUUAGUUGACGAUUUCAGUGACGAUCCCACUGAUGGAGAAGAGCUCGCCAAGAUCCAGAAGGUCAAGGUGCUUCGCAACGAUAAAAGAGAAGGACUUAUGCGGUCGCGCGUGAAAGGAGCGGAUGCUGCCUCAGCCCCGAUCCUCACAUUCCUCGACAGCCACUGCGAGUGCAAUGCCAACUGGCUGGAACCCCUCUUGGAGAGGGUGGCAGAGGAUCACAACAGGGUAGUGUGUCCUAUAAUCGACGUGAUUAGCAUGGACACAUUCCAGUACAUUGGUGCCUCCUCCGAUCUGCGAGGUGGAUUCGACUGGAAUCUGGUUUUCAAGUGGGAAUACCUUUCCAGCGAGGAAAGGGCCAAGAGACAAAAAGACCCAUCUUCAGCUAUCAGGACACCAAUGAUUGCUGGAGGACUUUUUGUGAUAGACAAGGCAUACUUUGAAAAGCUUGGAAAGUAUGAUAUGGCGAUGGAUGUUUGGGGUGGUGAGAAUCUAGAAAUUUCCUUCCGAGUGUGGCAAUGCGGCGGCAGCCUGGAAAUCAUCCCGUGCAGUCGUGUGGGCCACGUCUUCCGCAAGCAGCAUCCCUACACCUUCCCCGGGGGUAGUGGCAACGUCUUUGCCAGAAACACGAGGCGCGCUGCCGAAGUGUGGAUGGACGACUACAAGCAGUUCUACUACGCAGCCGUGCCUCUUGCCAAGAACAUCCCCUUCGGAAACAUCCAGAGCAGACUCGAGCUAAGAGACCGCCUGCAGUGCAAGCCGUUUAAGUGGUACUUGGAGCAUGUGUAUCCAGAGCUGACCGUCCCCGACUCGAUGGACAUCGCCUUUGGCUCUGUCCAGCAAGGCUUCAUGUGUCUGGACACCAUGGGCCAUUUGCUUGACGGCACGGUUGGCCUCUUUACCUGCCAUGACAGUGGUGGAAAUCAGGAAUGGGCGUUCACUCAAAACGGCUUGAUUAAGCAUCACGACCUGUGUGUCACGCUGGUGCAGGCGGAGCCUGGAUCAUCAUUAAGAUUAAGACCUUGCACAAAUUCAUCUUUGCAGAAAUGGCACAAACCCAGUGAUAGAGGGAUGCUGCGCCACGCUUCCUACAACUUGUGUAUUGACUCAAGAAGUGUCCGGAGUCAGGGCUUAACAGUCAAGUCUUGUGACCACGAUGCCCAAAGUCAAAGGUGGAAAUUUGCCCUCAAUCGGUCGUGAUAAACUUUUUAGCCCAGAUUAUUGUUUUCAUUUAUGAGAUUACGCAGCACAUGAAAGUAUUAGGCUGAAAAUACUCUUUUUGUAUCUGUUAUGUGAAAAUUUAUUGUUGACCCAAAAGAAAAAUGCAAUUUGUGUGACAGUAAUUGUGUGCGUGUUCGGGGUUUUGCGUCGUUUUAAGAUGUGAAGCAUCCGAAAUGAGAAGACUUAGUGAGUCUGUGCGGGGAAUGGAAUUUUGCUACCAUUUGUUUGUUUUAUUGUUUAAAAAGCAAGUCAUCACUGUCCAAACUCUUACGUAAAAGACUUUUUGAUUUUAAAUUGUUGAGUUGGCUCGUAAACAACAGAAAAUCGUUGUUUAUUUUUGUAUUGCUCAUGUAAUGGAGCAGUCCACUGUCCUAAUUGUGCUGUAAAGGGCACAAUGUCUGCAAGCGGUUUUGCAGACUUGCAAGACUUCUUAAUCUACAUGGGAGUAACUGAGUAGGGUUAUUUUUUUAGAUAAUUUCUUAUUUUGACUCGUUGACUGUUAUUAAGAAUUUUCUCGCGCGAAUCUUAAGCAAGGAGUUCUUAUUUCCUCCGAACAUUUCUUCAUCUUUUAAUUUGAAUCACUGACAAUACGAUAUAAAUAAUUAGUCAAUAAUGGAUUCUUGAGAUGUUUGCUUGAUUCACGCUCAUGUUAGUUUGCACAACUCGGGGCCAAAUUCAGCAAAUACAAUGCUUUCCCCUUGUGACAGGGCAUCAAUUUUUCGCAAUUGGCUCACUUCUUUGUUCGCCAAACGGGAAACUGAACUCAAAUUAUUAUUGUUAACGAAAUGAGAAAAUCAUGUGCCACUGAAUGUUGUGUGCUUAGAUGUUGGCACACACAGACAAUAAUUGAUUAUUCAAUAACAGCGGCUUAUUUUUAGUCAAAGUAUUUCAAGUAAUGGAAAUCAAAUCUUGCGAGUAUUGCGCUGGAAUUAUGCGAAAGUAAGUACUUAAUAAGAAACUUGAAAAAUACAUUUUGUAUUAAGCUUCCUGAGAUGUGAUUCAGUUCAACAUUCCUCGUGAAGUAAUAAAAUCAUAUUUGCAUUGAAACGAUUUGUUGAAAAUUUGUAAGUAUUACAGACCUAUCAAUGAAUCAUUGUAAAUGUUCACAACUAAAUUUAUGACGACAAUAAAUCAUUGUAAUUACAUGUAA